AUGGGCUCAUCCAUACUUCAUAAAUUCAUACAUAAAGAAACGUGCGACUACAGAGCGACAGUCGCGCGACAGCAGCGGUACAGCAGCGCUGCUGGUAAUGAGACCGCUAUUGCCGCGCGGCUAAUAGUGCCCAAACAUGAAACCCACAUUCCCGAGAAAUGCGUAUUCCGAGUGGAACACGCCUUGAGUAUCAAGUUCUACUCGAGAUUGACUGAAGCUUGCUACCAGGGAGAUUCCUUGAUGGAGUCGUAUUAUCUAUACACCAUGCCUGCUCCAGCUGCUUACAUCUCAUUCAGUGUUUGGAAGUUUAUGAUAUUGCAGUCACCAAGCAUCUGGAACGUGUUGAGAAUCCACUAUACAAAGUUGACGAAAUUAGCCAAGAUAAUAGACGAAAACAUCAGCUCUUUCGUGCUGUUCUCAUUUGGAAGUAACAUGGCCCUUAUAUGCGUUCAGCUGUUUAAAAUUCUCAGGAAAGAACUAGCACACGCAACUGCCCUUUGUGACGAUGUAAAAAUCAACGAAACGCUAAACAGUUUAGACCGUGCAGCCUACUUCCACUUCUCAACACUAUUCCUGAUCGCACGCGCAGUGCUCACUGCAUUUUUUGCGACUAAAGUCCAUACAUCUGCUCGCGCGCCUCUGCUAGCGUUGUAUGAAGUUCCUUCGUGCUGCUAUAGUAAGGAGGCUCGUCGAUUCGUGGAACAAAUGCAUGCAAACAAUAUUGCUCUUAGCGGUCAACACUUCUUCUAUGUCACACGAAGCAUGAUUCUUACUAUGGUGGCUACAGUGUUUACUUACGAGUUAGUUUUGCUGCAAUUUUCCGAUAAAUAA